UGGCAAAUUUUAUAAACAUUUACUGUUGUUUUGAUUCGAAUCUGUCAAAUGGCAAACAUUGUACAUUCAUAAUAUAGGUAAAAUAAAAAAUAAAAAAUAAUUCGAUGAAAAUAUGGCAGAAAACGAGCCGAAAAUUGUUGGACAAUAUCCUAUUGAAAAAGAGUGGAUUGAUGAGAAGAAGGGACUUCGUAAACAGUUGAUUUCGUUUAAAUUCCAAUCAACAACAAAAGCAAAUGAUUUAUCAAAAUGUAGUGUUGCUAUAACCGAAUUGAAUGGCCUCAAAGACCAUCAUGCAACUGAAUAUUUACGCGAUGAACAACGAAAUCUUGACUAUUGGAUUACAUUAUCAAAUGGCCUUACACCGAUUGACUGUUAUGUGGAGUUGUUUUUGAAGCAAAUGUUAAUUGGAGAAACGAGUUGUUGUUCGAUUAAAACCAAAUCAGGAGACUACAUCAGUUUUGUCAUGCGAUUGAUUCGAGUUGAAUUCCGCGGGUACAUGUAUGCCCGAAAGUUACCGGAAAUCAUGGCAAUUGCACUACAUUACAAAGAGAAUGGUGUAAAAAUGUAUAAACAAUAUCCAUUGUUUGCACAUUAUUAUUUCAAUAAGGCAGCCAAGAUUUUAAUUUCAUGCGAACCAUUUGAAACGUUGGGUGAACGUGACAUGGGCAUGGUUGAAGGCGAUCCGGAAAAAUUACGAGAAUUGCUUGAAACAAUUCUAUCAAAUAUCAGUGCAUGUUUGAUUAAACAGGAACGUUACGAUGAAGCGGCUCAUGUCAUGGAAUUUGCCGAACGUCCCGAAAAUGUUACGGACAAACACAUUUAUCGACGUGCAAACGCUCUCUACUUACUUGGUCGAUUGGACGAUGCAAAGCAAACAAUCGAACGUAUUAACUACAAAGAUAAAAAAGAAUGCCAGCUAUUGUACAACAAUAUUACUGGAAAGCUAAAACAAUCGGAUCAAAACUAUAAAAAAAUGAUCAAAAAUAUGUUCGCAUAACAAAUUAAUUGCAUAAUUUUAUUCAAUAAAACUCGCUUAAUUAUUUACAAUUCAAA